UGUGUUGCGGGACCUGAGUGCAUUCUCCUCUCUACAACCAGCUUUACUUUCACAGUUGAGUUUGAACACGUGAAGAUGCGUGUGUUCACCGUGAGCGUCUCUGCACUGCUGGUGCUGUUGUUUUCAUGCACCACGUCUAAAGUCGUUGACUCGUUCAGUAAAUGCGAUUACUUUUUUAAAAGAACGUCUCCGGUUAUCCCUAAGAUUCUAAACAAAUCAGUUGCACAGGACGGUUAUAAAAUAAUCUGUCAACAAUAUAACAAACUUACCAGGUUCGCAACACUGUAUGAUAUAAAUAAGAGGAUCCCUGUUUUCUCGGCUUACAAAUACACCAGAAGACAAGAAUUCGAGAGUCUAAAAAAGAUUCAAUGGAUGAUCGAAUCGCAGCUUGAACCUUCAAGUUAUGAAACCAACGUGCCAUUCAUCAAUCAGGCUUGCACUGGAGACUAUCACGAUAACAACCAAAAUGUGCGUCCCGGUCAGCUAUUUCCACCCGGUCAUGCAGCUGAUGGAGAAACCGCUAUAUCUACAUUCACACUCACCAACAGUAUCCCACAGAAGGACAACUUGAGGAACGGCAGGUGGACUCGCAUGGAAAACGAGAAAAUUAGAAGAAUUUCUUCAGCUGACUCUCAUGUUCUCAUCAACUACACACCUGUUCUCUAUCUUCUCCUCAUCUCCACGCUACUUCUAGCUUUCUCUUUCUCGUCUGAAUUUUCGGAUUAUUGUUUGACCCUUACGUUGGAUCGCUGUCGUAUGAUUCCUCUCAGUAAUUGUUUCACCAGUCCUGUCCUGUUUGGUCCUGCGUGUCUGACUCGACCAUUGCCUACCGCUGUUCUAUACUGCUUCUGUAUCACUCUCAGCAGUCGCCGAGGAGAGUUGCGGAGGGUCUACCUGCAAGAGCGCUGUAUCGACUUCAUAGCUCCUGACUCCUCUGGGUAG